AACGUCAAUUUUUUAACCUUGAAAUUGGGGGGUCGGCUUCUACCCCGGAAUAUACAGUAAUUUUAUUAUCAAAGUACAUAUAUGCCACCGGACAUUCAUUUCCCUGGGCAUACUCAGCAAAUCUAUACAAUAAUAACAGGAUCAAUGGAAGAUCAACCAGAGUGCAGAAGACAACUAACUGUGCAAAUGUAAAUAUAAAUAAACAGCAAUAGAUAAAGAGUCCUUAAAGCGAAAUCAUUGAUUGUAGGACACAUCUCACCGGAUGGACAAGUGAGUGUAGUUAUCCCCUUUUGUUCAAGAGCCUGAUGGUUGAGGGGUAAGAAACCGCAGAGGGUUGUAAAUCUAGUCAGCUCCAUCUUGGGUACUAGCCUACAAAGUACCCAGGACAUCUUCAAAGAGUGGUGUCUCAGAAAGGCAAAGUCGCUUAUUAAGGAACUCCAGCACCCAGGGUGUGCCCUUUUUUCACUGUUACCAUCAGGUAGGAGAUACAGAAGCCCGAAUCACUCAGUGAUUCAGGAACAGCUUCUUCCUCACUGCCCUCCGAUUCCUAAAUGGACAUUGAAGCUUUGGACACGACCUCACUUUUUUUAAUAUACAGUCUAUUCAAUCUAUUCAAUAUUCAAUAUAAAAAACAAUCUAUUCAAUAUACAUAAUUGAUUUACUUGUUUGUUUAUUGUUUUAUUUUAUUUUUUUCUCUCUGCUAGAUUAUGUAUUGCAUUGAACUACUGCUGCUAAGUUAACAAAUUUCACGACACAUGCCGGUGAUAAUAAACCUGAUUCUGAUGUUGAACCUGGCGGUGCGCAUCCUGGGGGUCCUGUCGCUUCUACCUGACGGCAGGAGCGAGAAGAGAGCAUGGGCUGGGUGUUGGUCAUCUUUGUUGAUUGAUGCUCCGAUAGCGUUUCAUGUAGAUGCGCUCACUGGUGGGAGGGCUUUACCGGAGAUGUAUUCCGUCCAAAGGGUGCUGUGUUCUCAUACCAAGCUGUGAUGCAGCCCGUCCACUACUUUUUACGGAAGUUUGUCAAUAGGAGGGAUUAGUUUACUCAGGCAUUUAAUCGCGAAUUGAAUUAAUUCCGCACGACGCCAAGGGCUGUUUUCUGUGAAUUUCAGCACUCCUGCUUACGAAGGCCAGGCUAUGGAAACGGAGGAGCCUCUGCUGGGGCACAGAGGACCUUGCCCCUGCUGACCCGGAGAGCAGAUCCAGCGCUCCCACUCGGUGUGAGGCCGCUCACGGACAACCAUCGGAACUACAAAGCGUUGCGCUAACCACUGCGUUACCGCGCCGCCUCACCGACGGCCAAAUUUCGGCCAUUUACGGCCCCGGGGUAUCGGAGCAACGCGGGCACGGCCCGCGGUCAUAAGCGCGCGCGAAUGACGACAGCACGCGUUGCCAGGCGAUGGAAGGAAAGGGGCGGGGACUUCCGUUGGCAGUGCGUGCCGGGUAAUGGCGCGCAUGUCUGCUGUGUAAAGUGUCCGGUAAUGGCGGACAAGGCGAGAGGAGAAUGGCGGAGAAUGAGACGGGAUUAAAGCCGCCGUCAUGUCUCCCGCACACAAGCGGUCUUUGAUAACGUGGGUGGUGGGGCUGGGCUUUGCUUUAUUGCUUUCCUUCUACGUACUGGGUUGGUACCUUUUAGGCCUGCUAGCUGCGGCAUCCGCGUGGUUUUAUUACUCGUCCCUGCCAAGCGUAGGCCCCGCAGCCGGGCCGCUCUUCCACCCGAGUCGGAUUAGAGCGUUUCUGCUCGGGACGCGCUGGGCCGAAGUGCUUUACGACAAACUAAACGGAGGGAGAAGGCAGUGGAACGGGAGAGAUCGGAGCGCCCGAAGCAGGUCUCAGCAGGGGCUGCGGAAUCCCAGCAAGGCCCCGGGCAACAACUGGAAGUGGGAGGUGAACUGCGAGGAGCGGGAGCCGCUGCUGACAGCGUGUGCGAGCGAACGGAGUCCGGCUAACCUCAUGAUGGGCAGCUACCUGUCGAACGAAAGCACGGCGCGGGCCCCGCUCUGCGGUAGGGAACUGAAAAGUCGCUACGGUCGGCCGAAUCUCAUCCAGUCCCCCACCAGGAGACUGACUUUCGGGGAACAUCAAGGCAUGCUAAACAAAUUUACAGUGACCCCUCGCCGUCGAUAUCCUAUCCAUCAGCCCCAGUACUCGAUACCUGGAACACUUCCAACUGUCCGAUGGGAUGGCUACCAAAAGAAAAAUGUUUUGUCCUCUCGAAACUCUAUCAUGGUACAUAGCCCAGUGACUGUUAAAAUUGCACGCCCUGAUGCAAGUAUAAUUCCUUCACCUCUAUUAGACCAAAUGAUGUCCCCUGCUGCGUCUCCAUUGGUUGAUCCCUGCUCAAAAGCAACUGUGCUUAAUGCUCUAAAGGAAAGUCGGAAGAGAAUGGUGGAAGAUGAUCCUGAAAGAUCUUUGAUCUCUGAACAUGAGAAUAAACGCAGGCGCCAUGACAGCAGUGGAAGUGGUCAUUCUGCAUUUGAACCCUUAUUGGCCAAUGGGGCUCCAGCUUCCCUGGUUCCAAAACCUGGAACACUAAAGAGAGGCACCAAUUCCCAGUGCUCUGAUGACCCCAUUUCCAAACGGUCACGGACAUCCUCCAUUAGUUCACUGAAUAGCAUAUGCGUUGGCAGGAAGCACAGUUCUGUUCGCAAUCCUAUUUUCAGUUCUUACAGUUCCACCCGAGGACAAAUCCAGGGCUUGAGAUGCAUUCUCUCUGCACGAAAUACAACCCCACUCUCCAGCCCUGCUUCCUCACGAUCUGAAACUCCUGAAAGAUCAGGCAAAAAAAUAAGGGAGGAAGAAGUACAGAGAUCAAAUGCCUCUACCCCAGUUCGAGUGGACAGGCCAGAAAAAGACCAGUCUAUUGAAGAAGAAACAGCAACUCCGACGUCAAAAUGUUCACCUUCAACAGUAGAUUCUUCUCCCUUGGAAGGUGAUGUGAAGCGAAAACGGAAGAUUCCUCUUCUGCCAAAACGGAAGGGAAAUCAGCUUACAAUGCAUCCACCGAUAGAAAUUGGGUACACAAUUACUGCAGAAGACAUGGACUCUGAAAAGAAAGCACGCCUUGACAGGAUUAAAAAGGUGUUGCAGGAGAAAGAAGAGCCUUCAAAGUCAUUGGAGCCUGUGGUGACAGUGCCCUCAGUGUCAACUUUUACUACCCCAGCAGUGGAAAGCUCUGCCAACUCAACUCCCAUUUCCACUUCUAUUUCUGCCAUAGUCUCAAACUCCUUGCUGGACAGUUUGAAGAUGAUGCAGGGCCACACCAUCUUGUCUCCCACUUCAGCAGAUUCUGUUAAUGGAGUGAAUCCGAGUAACAUGGCUAAAGCUUCAGAAGCUUCCACAAAAUCUUCCAAGAGUGAAUUAUCACUUUCAUCUACAAUCCCUGCUCCAACAACUUCUGCCGUAACAGUGACAGCUGAUAUUCCAGGAUCUAAGGCAGCUGAUGUUUUGAAAUUCUCAAGUUCCUCCGUUAUCCCAUCACUUUUAACACCAGUCAAUAACCCUGCUCCUAAAGCUAUCACCACUACCACCAAUUCAUGCCAGUUUUCUGUUCUGGUUAGUGCACAAGAAACUAAACUUAGCAAAGGGCCUGAAGUGAAUGUGACUUCAUGUACUGGUAAUUCUUCAACUCCAAGCACAAGUUUUACCCUGUCCAGCACAGCGACUGCAAUCCCAACAGAGGUUAGCACCACGGUUUCUUCAUCUGUCAGCAUACCCAAGUUUAAGCCAGUAUUUGGUCCGCCAGUGACACAGCAGAGCACCAUUACACCAGCAACACUGAGUUCAGGAAUGCCACUUAGUACAACGGUAAGCUUGGUAGCACCUGUACCAUUGAGCUCUGCCUCCUCAAUCAUUCCAUUCAAACCAGUGUUUGGAAACUCAAUGACAGUUACAACUACUGCCACCACUACAGCUGCACCUUUUAAUUUCGGUCAGUCAGUUCAAGCAGUGUUUAAUAAAGAAGCUCCUCCUCCCACAACUUCUACAAAAUCAAAUUCGACUCUGUUCCAAUUUGGAGCCACCACUGCAUUAACAAGUUCAAGCAUUGAUUCAGAAGUGAAAUGCUCAAAAGCUACUGUUAGUUUUGGAUUAAAUGAAACUGUUUCUUCAAAUCCGAAUGUAGCUUCUACUUUAAGCAACAACCUAUCAAGCCAGCAACAAUUUCAGUUUGGUUCAAACCCGACAACUACUACUACUACUGCUGCACCAAGCACUGUGUUCCAGUUUGGAAAGACCUCUGCAGAUGCCACUGCAACAUCAGCCAGCUUGCCCAUUCCUGCCUUUGGUCAGCCAAAUGCAGUUACAAGCCAGGCAUCAACAAACACUGCAGCUACUUCGAAUAUAUUUGGGAAUUUUACUCCUUCGGUGUCAGCACCUUCAACCACUUCAAGUGCUCCACUCACACUUGCGUUUGGAAACUCAGGAAAGACAUCCCUAUUUGGUAAUACCACAAGUGCGCCACCUUUUGGGGCCCUGACGACUCAGCUUAACUUCGGAGGCACAAGCGGUCAGUCAUUGUUUGGAGCUAAUGCUACAGCAACUCAACAAACACCAAGUAAAGCCCCUGCCUUUGGCAGUUCUGGUGCUCCCUUCAGCUUCGGAUCUACACCCACAAAUGCAACAUUUCAGAGCACCACCUCACAGUCUGCAUUUGCAACUCCAAGCCAGCCAGCAUUUGGGGUCGUUACAGCUCAGACUGCAUUUGGAUCAACUUCUAAGCAAUCCAUUUUUGGUGGAGGCACAGUCGGUUUUUCAUUCGGUACAACCACCUCUUCCACUGCUGCUCCAAUGUUCAGUGCUACGAAGAGUUCAGGUAGUAGUACAACUGGUUCAAUAUUUGGCUCUACACAAGGUUUUGGUUCCUCAAGCCAGCCAGCCAAAACGACCAGUGGUUUCAACGUUGCAGCACCAAACCCAACUAUAGCUACAGCUGGCUUCUUUAGUUCAGGUCAGGGUGGAUUUUGUGCUUCAAACCCUUCCAUUCCGUUUGCUACUACUACCCCAACGUCGUCAUCAUCUCAAAAUAUGUUUGGGUCCUCAUUGACUAACCAAGGGACACAGAACCAGACUAAUCCACAGUUCAGCUUUGGAGCUGCAAAUGCAGUUGAAAAUAAGUCUGCUUUUGGAGGGUUCAAUUUUGGAACUCCCAGUUUGAAUUUUGAGACUGGAACAACUGCACCUGGAUUUGGACAGGGUACUCCAAGUGCAAGCUUUUCCUUUGGGGCCACUAAUACUCCAGCAGCAAACUUUGGUAGUCCAGCAACAGGCACAGCAGCAGCACCAGCAUUUGCAGGAACAGCGGCCUUUUCUAUAGGAGCUGGAUCUCGACCUGCUGGAGGGAGACAGAGAUUACUGGCUAGACGACAACAUACACGGAAGAGAUAGACACUUGGGAAUGUGAAUAAUGCAAAGGAACAUGUUGACUAUUCUGAAACAAUUUCCACUUUUUUACUUUUGUACCCUAAACAUUGCCAGUCAUGGAUGUGCAGGCAACUGACCUCAAAAGAUGGGAAUAUAUACUUGAGAAAAAUUCUGUUUAAAUUUAGGUCUUUUCUGGGCUUGAACUGUCAGAAUAAAAGGCUUAUGGCUGCUGGAAAAAAGGCUUCUCUGCAACACUGUGAGAAGCUCAUUAGACAACAGCAAAGUCCUCGUCUUAAGUUUAUAAGCUUUCUUCAAAACCUGCCGUUACAGAAUGGUGAUCUGAGUUUGGUUCAGGGUACAGCAGUAAUGGGUGACACAGUAAGCAACACACAUAGCUUUACUACUUGAAUCUUUCUACUUUUAAAGGUUGCUGUAAGAUGCAAUUUGAAAACCUUUCUUGAUUGACCCUUUUUAUUGUACAUAUUGCUGCACUCUUCUUUCUUUUGGGGGAAACAAACAUUUAAGGGCACAAUUCCCAGUAACAGCGCAGUUUUCUGUGGUGUCUUUGUGCCCAUAUCAAACUGAACUGGAGGCUGAUGUUAACUUCUUUCUCUUCAUUCUUUUUUCCCCUCUUUUCCUUGAUUGCUUUAUUAUAUUUCUGACAAAGAAUUCUAAACCUUGCUAAAGCCACCAUUUUAUUUUUAGGAUAAGAAAUGUUAUGCCUGUUUGAGUUUCUUCUCAAUAUCUUUUGCUAUGCUACCUACCUCUAUUUUUCUUCCUGUGAAUGAAUUUUAAGCCUUUUUAAAUCUGUGAUUUGGUUAUGUAAGGGAAACAAACCAAAUUGCUUUCCCUUCUGUACUACUUUCAUCCUUCCUCCUCCACAACCCCUCUUUCCUAAAAUUGUCAGAUUUUUUUUACAUACAGUAAUUGUUAUCAGUGUUUGCUUGUAUAUCUCAUGUUUUUGCUCAGUGAAUCGAGUUUGGAGGAAAAAUGUCAAUGUAUGUGUGGCGGCAUGUUAGUAAUGCCGGAUCUGGCUGGUUCAUUGGAUAUAUGUUAAUCUGACUCUCGCUAAUCUGUGAUAGUGUUUUGCUAUUAUAACUGAGUGACACAUUAAGCAGUGUUUUCUGGAGAAAUGGCAGUCAUGCUAGUUUUGGAGGUGGUUCCCAUGUACAAUGUAGGAUUCUUAAAGCAGAUUUCAAAAGUAUGGUGCUAUAAUGCUUAAAGAAAAAGUACAAAUUACUUCAGCUUAUACCAAAACUUUGGCUGGCAUUGUUGAGAAUUAUACAUGUAUACUGUGUAUAUUUUAACCUCGACUCAAUAUUUGCAUCUUAUUUUGGGUGCAGCUCUGAAAUGUGCCUAUUUUAAUUUUAAUUAAAAACAAAUUAAAUUUCAAUGCUUUUUUAAAAAAGUGAUUCACCAAACUUUUUGAGUAAUCUUUACUAUCUUCAUAUUGCAUUAGAAGAAAAUAACCAAGCUGGAUUAUGUUCGAUAGUGUUUUCCUUGACUGGUGGAAUACAUGUAAAAAAAAGUGAAAGAAACAUUUUGCUCUUGCCACACUAUCUGGUAUGAAUGGAGCUUUGAAGUCCACCCUAACCACUCUGGAGGUUGUUCUGCAGGUUGUAUGCCCAGUUUAAGCUAGGUUAUUUAAAUCUUCUCUUUUGGAUUUUUUUUUGAAAACAGUGUUUUUAGUAAAUCUUAUUACAUAUGAACAUGGCUUAUUAGGAAUUUUUGUGUUGGACAACUUGCCACUUAAAGUAAUAGAGACCUUCAGGCUCCCAAGUUUUGAUGAUAAAAUUUCAGGAUGGACUGGCUUUCAAAAGAUGCUACUUGUCCCUGCCCUGUAUUCCAUAAAUGGAUCCUGUUUUUUGAGGAUAUUUUACCAAUCUGAAGGAAGAAAACUGAGACAGAGUGGUACUGGUUACCACAAUGAGAUCUGUCUCAUCCUCUUAGCAGAUCAAUGCCCAUAUGUGAGCUGAAAAUUUUUUAGCAUUUGGUUCAAGGCAGAGGAAGGGAUAACAAGGGCGUAUGCAGUAGAGUGUUCACUUGAUGAAAACUUGUAAAACUGAACUGAGGAGUUGCUGUUCCCAUGUGAGGGAUUUGGAUUCCAUAGCACCCUCUGUUAAUUUUCCUAAGAAAGUGUUUGUCUGACCUGCUUUCUCCCACUCCACCUCCAACCCCCACUUCUGGUAUUUCUCAUAUUUCAGGCAAUAUCUAAUAGGUAGUAUUCUUUAUGGCUCCACAGGCAUGCAUCCAAUAAGGCCUUGUUUUGGGCAGUUUUUGGAAACAAAUGUUAGCCCGCAUCAUGGGUGGAAAUGAGUCACCUUCCUAUAGUGAAGGUUGUCUUAUUUUCUGGAAGUGCAAAUAAUUUACGAAAUCAAGGGCAACAGUAGAUGGAGGAUAAAUGGUGAAAGGGUUUAGGAGGUGGUUGUCGUAGAAGGCAUGAAAUUGAUAUGACCCCUCUUACAACACCCAAUCAAUGAUUGCAUAUAUUACUCCAUUAGAAUACACUACAAUCUAAUGAUAUGUAAAUUCAUUUUCGGAGAAUGUUUGUAAUAGUUUCAUUGGUGUGGUUUUAAGAUAACUCUGCUGGUCCAAGUGACCAAACAGAUUAAAGGAAUCCUCCUCAUUCAGUAUAAUGGCUGCCAUUUUGUGACGUCUGAGUAUGAAUGUGUGCGGGUGAUUGGCAACUUCUAAAUUUAGAUAAAAUUGUUUAAAAAAAAGAACAAAAUAAAUUUUAUUUUUAUAUUUAAGCAAAAACUGCCUUCUACGUUCCUUCAAGCUUGGUUCAUUGAGACUUAAUGCUACACUGGUUAAAUAGUAUGAUACUUCUGAUAAACAAUUGUAUGUACAAAUUGUUUUUUUAAUAUGAACUAUGAAGUUGGUGUGAGUAAGUUUUGGAAGCAAACCAAUGGUGUAUGGAAAAGCAGUUGGGAUACUGUAAUUUUUCUCGCUAGAAGUUGCACAUAGGCUGAUGUACCAUGCCUGUAUUUGGCCAAAACAAUAUAAAAUUUGGAUGUCAUUUAAAAACUUCCUUUAGUUUGCUUAAUAGUACUAUACUGAUAUGUUUUGAGAAUCAACUAUGAAGUUCAUAGCAGGUCUAUUUCCAGGUUUAAUUUUGCCAGAAUGACUGAUCUGAAACAAGGAUACUAUCUGAUCAUAUUGCCAGGCUAGUUAAAAUGAAAAUGAGAAGGAUCAAUUAGUUUUGCUUUUUGGAAUAGGAUGAAUUGGAAUCAGCAUGAGGCAAAAGAUCUGUCUCUGCUGAGUUAGCAGAACACAGUUGAGUUGGUUGUAUGAAUGCUUAAAUAUAGAAACAUUCUGUUUCUGAUCACUAUUCAUUGGUAUCUACUGGAAAUUGAGUAAACACAACUCUUUUGGGGUGUGACACCAAAUUGCCAAGUAGCAAUUUUAUCAGGUUUGUGUUUGAACUGGAAGAUGAUGAACAUUUUAAUUUUGGGAAAAAAAAACAUUUUCUUUGGUUGUUUUCUUUUGUCAAAAGUCUGGUGGAAAUGCAAGAAAUGCUGAGUUUAUCAAUUAACUGUUUUUGUUCAGUUACCCUUACAGUGAAAGGUCUGUGAUUGAUAAUCAACAGAAUCUCAAGUAGUGCACUCUGAAAUGCACAUCUAUUUUAAACAAAGUCAAACUGCUCCUUUACAAGACAAAAUAGUAAUGUAUUUUUUAUAAACUUGUUUUUGAGAUGCAGCUUUCUCCAUUGCUUUGCACUUUCUGCUCUGAUUUUCUCUUUAGAAAUGUACUCCAUCAUGAGGUCAAUUGACCACUCUCUUCCAUAUGUAGUACCAUAUUGGAAGUUAUUUAGCACAGAUCACUAAAUGUUUUCAGUUUGAAACUACUCAAUUAGUGCAUUUAGUAGCAAGUUAAAGGAAGUUGUUAGGGCAUUGUUUACAAAUCAUUCUGUGCUCAUGCAGUUUUGGUCCAGUGUUCAGCUGUGAAAAUCACAUCUCCAAUUCAUUGCCUGGCAUUCCCUUUUUAACUGCUGUGAGGUGGGGGUAGUUGUGAAUAAGGCCCAGGGAAGAAAAGUGAUCCAAGUUGAUCCCUAAUUAUUUUCACUUGCCCCUUUCUAAUGUGUAUGUUCGGUAUCUAUAGGAUUACACUCAGCUAUGGUCAUUUUAAACUAACUGCUGACCAAUAUCUGGACCAUGUGAUGCAACAUACCAGUGACACAGUCUGUGCAAGACAGCAUCAUCAGGCAGUCUUUGGGAAAGGAAGCCAGGGAGGAGGAGGAAAUUAAGGUCAAUUUUUAGGUGUUAUUUUAUUGUGACAUGAUACUUGUUACACAUUCAAGGGGUGAUUGAUAAGUCUGUGGUCUAAGGUAGGAGUCAAUUUUAAACAUAGUCCCCUUCUACAUUUACACACUUAGUCCAGCGGUCAUGGAGCAUGCAGAUUCCUUCUUUGUAGAAGUCGGCAUCUUGGACCUCCAGAAGUGGUCGACAGCAGGGGUAAUUAAUAAGUUCGUGGCCUAAGGUAGAAGGGGAUGAGUUAUACAGCUCUGAUUACAUGCAUGUGCAGUUCAACUCUUGAGUGAUUAUGCAGAAAGUUUGUAGUUAAUAACUCAUCUCCUUCUACCUUGGGCCAUAAACUUAUCAAUCACCCCUGCUGUGGACCACCUCUGGAGGUCCAAGACACUGACUUCUACAAAGGGAUCUGUGUGCUCCACAACCGCUGGACUAAGUGUGUAAAUGUAGGAGGGGACUAUGUUGAAAAAUAAAUUACUAGGUUUUCUAAAAUUGACUCCUACCUUAGGGCACAAACUUAUCAAUCACCCCUCGUAGUGCAUUGUCGAAUAUAACUUCAGAAUCUUCUUUCCUCAUACAUCCAGUUUAUUUUUACUUUAAGAACUGUGAAUUCAAGAGUUUAGAAACACUGAUAUCUCAGUUGUCUGGGAGCAUCACGUACUCAUGGCAUUUGGGAUUUCUUUCCCCCUUUCCUGCUGUUAUAAAGAUGUUUUUCAAAUUAACAUCUGGAAUCAGAAAUGUGUAAAUAGAUUUUAUUGCUGCUGAAUAAAUAUUAAGUGAAAGAUACUACUGACAACUUAGGCACUUGGCAGCAUAUAAUUUCCAAAAAUGACGUGGAUCACAUGGGACUAGUAAAUGAAGUUUACUGGAGAGUUUCGAUUAAUGAAACUUAAUACAUGCCCAUUUCUCUCUUUUUAACUUGAUGCUUUUGCACCAACUGGUCUUUGAACAAAAAUUGAGCCACUAAUCCUUUGCCACAGCAAGGUUAAUCAAUGAUGCUUGGCAACACAUUUUAACUUUGAGUAUCAUGGGGUGAUUUGCUUAAUUUAGGAUGGUCACCACCAUUUCACUUCUGACUUUGUUUUCCAGAUAAUUUUCCAGAUUAUCUAAAUCAGGGAUUUUAAUCUUUUGUUUUCAUUUACAUAGCUGAGUGCUCAGGAACCCCCUUGCAGUGUCAUUCACAGAUUUGGACCUGUUCAUUUGCAAAUAUCUCAAACAGCAAAUAUUAAAAGGCUUUUAUGAUUUGGGAUUUCUGCAAUGCAGUAGUUUUUAAUUAUUAAGACCACAUAGUUCAGUUAAAUGCCUUUGCAAAUGGUUAGUAUUUCUUGGGUAUGAGGCUUGCAGCAAACUGUCUUGUGGGCUUCUCUUUAAGUGCAUUGAUAAAUUACUGUUCAGUUAACAGAAUUCAAACCUUUUUUUAUCAUUGAAAUUAAUGGGCCUGGAAGGGCCCAAAAAUAAGUUAGAAUCAAGUUUUCAUUGUGAUGUCUAACAUUACAAUCUUGUUUUUCUGGCUUUUUGAUGGAGUGCUAUUUGUUGGACUGACUUAAAUUCCAAAAGCAACAAAAAGCACUGAUAUUAAGGUUUAGUGCUUUAACAAUGUAACAAAAAUACUGAUCUUGCAUUUGAAAAGCACAAUUCAGAAUGGCUUGGCACUGUAUUGUAUCCAAGGAUCUCCUAUAGAGAAUCAAGUCACUUCCAAGUUGUCUUUAGGACGCCAAGGAGAUACCAAUGACCUUUCAUUCCAAAGCGAAUGGUUUUAUAUAGUGGAUCAGAAAUUGAUGAUUUCUGCAGUGUUAUGAUGGUGUGAUUUUUGUCCUGCCAUUAGCAUUCAAUAUUCCCGAAAGGCUCCAGUGAAAUUUACAUUUGCACAGCUCAGUGAAGGUAUGCAAUGUGGGCUGGGAGUCACCUGAAAAUGUAUGCGAAACAAUCUAACCAAAAUUGAUUAAAAGGAGGUAGUCCAUCCAAUAUUGGAAACCCAUUGUUUUUAAUGUGUUCUAUUCACUUCAUAUUCCUCUUAAGCAGAUAGAUGAACCUGUGACUUCCCGCUUUCCCCUAGUGUACUCUCCAUUUGGAAAACAUGUCGACAGCCAGUCUUACAGUAGCUCAGUCUCGUGCUGUUUUCCUUUUGGGUGGGGUGGAGAAGAAAGAGUGAUGAGGAUUUAUACACCAUUUGUCCACUUGUGAUUGCAUAAGAAGCUCAUGGGUAGCAGCAUGUAAAUAGCAGUCUAUGGUGCUGAAUUAUUUUUUUAAUAAAUAUUCCUUAGGACUGUCUUAAUGUAUAGAAACCCCAAUUCCACAUCAAAUUGGUUGUAAGCAUCUGUUGUGACACCAGUUACUUAAAGACCUCUUAUUCCAGAAGGGUCAUUUAGUAAUUGGAGUUUUGUCCAAUAAACAUGCUUCACUAAACUUGUGCCCACAUUUGUCUUAAAUUAUGCUAAACUUAAACAUACAGAUUACUGGAAUAUGUUCGGAUUUCCUUGUUCUUCAAACAUUGUGUUUGCGUCUAUCAGGUCACUCGAUGGACUCUGGCAGCUAAGGGUCUUUUUUGAGAGGAAGGAAACCAUACCUCUGUUUCAUGAUUUAAUGGCCAGUUGAAACAACUGGUAUCAGAAUUAAUUUUAUUUUACAAAACAACUUGUAAUUGAUUGAAAAUUGACCAGAUGAUUUGUAUCCCACAUCUGUCGAAACACUUGUGUGGUUGAGGAAUGGUGUGUCAUUAAUUACAACAAAUUAUUUAAACUUCAGUUUGAUACCAUGUCAUCUGAGAAUUUCUCAAAUGCCUCGGCUUGUCAUUUAUGUAAUAACAAGGCAAGUCUCAUGUUUAAAUAUAAAGUUUUGACCCAAAAGGGCACUUGAAGUAACUACCUAUGUAGAUGAAGACUGAAUAUGCAGCAAGAAAAACUUUGAUCCCAAUGUGUGUGGUGUCUGGUGACUUUGAAUGGUAAAAUACAUGCAAGUGAUGAAUGUUGAUGAGUAACUCAUAGAACAAGUGGAUGUGGAAAUGUUAGUAUGCUUUAAAAAUAUUGUAGAUUUCUAUCAUUGCAACUUUAGCUUGAUAGAACUAGUGAGUGAAUGUGCAAGUGUAGAGCUGACUGCGAGUGUGCAGAGAUCUGAUUUUUUUUGCUUAUGUCAUUAAAUUGAGAUAGUUUUAAAUAAAAAGCUGUGAUUAUGAAGA